AUUUUCACAGUAUAGUGCUGAUAUGAAAAGAAAAACAUUUGUGUGCAACGUGUGACUACUUCUUGGUAAACUCUCAACAGACAUGAAAAGAUGCCACUGUUGACGGAACAUAGCCACAGUGACACAGUUUCUGCAUCCUCAUUCUGAGUCAAGUGCAUUUAGGGGCCAUGGACUGGAUACAACGGUCCCUCACAGAAGUCAAGUAAGAUUACUUCAGAACCCCUGAAGGAUGUCUGUUAAACAACAAGAUACCACUGAACUGAAACAAGGGCUCCUUUUCUAAGCACAGUACCCAGUGUGCAGAGGAAAUGAGACCCGGAUUCCAACCAGUCUGCGCAUGUGAACAAUACGGCAACAACUAAUUUAAAUAACAUUCGGUGAACAACUGACUGACGACGGCAAGCAACACUGACGGAUAAAUACUUCAAUCAACGGAGAAGACUUAACGGUGUACAAAUAUGUCUGAUGAAAAGUCGAAGUUAACCUAUGUGAUAACUGGAGGGUGCGGUUUUCUCGGACAGCACCUGCUGCGAGUUUUGUUGGAAAAAGAAGAAAAUAUUAAGGAGAUCAGGCUUUUUGACAGACACAUUAACCCAAAUCUUCAAAGUCACAGUACAGAGCAUGUGAAGGUGGUAUUGAUACAGGGAGAUAUAACAGAUUACAGCAGUGUACAGGAUGCCUUCCAGGGAGCAGAUCUGAUCAUCCACACAGCUAGUUUGGUUGAUGUUUGGUACAAAGUCCCUGAAAAGACCAUCUAUGCAGUCAAUGUACAAGGAACGGAGAAUGUAAUAAACGCCUGUGUGGAAAUUGGUAUUCAGUAUCUGAUCUAUACAAGCUCCAUGGAGGUGGUUGGUCCAAAUGUAAAUGGAGAUACUUUUAUCAGAGGGGAUGAAGAUACACCAUAUAAUGUAUUCCAUGAGAUGGCUUACCCUAAGACCAAAGCUGCAGCUGAAAGAAUGGUGCUGGAAGCCAACGGCACAAAGGUAAAGGGAGGAGCUACUCUCUACACAUGUUCUCUGCGACCAACAGGUAUCUAUGGGGAACAGCAUCAGCUCAUGAAGGACUUCUACAAGAAUGGGAUCCGGACAGGUGGUUGGGUUAUCAGAGGAGUUCCACGGGAUACAGAGCAUGGACGGGUCUAUGCAGGAAAUGUGGCAUGGAUGCACUUGCUGGCAGCACGUGCUCUGCGAGAGCAUCCUGAAAGGCUGGGAGGGGAAUUUUAUUUUUGCUACGAUGACUCACCAUACAAAAGUUAUGAAGACUUCAACAUGCAGUUUCUUUCGGCCUUCAACUUCCGAGCAUUGCAUUUGCCAGUGUGGGUGUUAUGGUUCAUAGCAUGGAUGAACGACCUGUUGCGCUGGCUCCUUAAGCCAUUUUACAACUACACACCACUGCUCAACGGAUACACACUUGCCGUGGCCCGCACAUCCUUCACUGUGAGCACAGACAAGGCAUGUCGCCACUUUCAAUACCAACCACUCUACAGCUGGGAGCAAUGCCUGGCGCGCACACAAUGCUGGGUGAACACAUUUCCUUUAGAAACCAGCACUAAGAACACUUAGCACCUGCUUGAUGUAUAAUUACAGUAACAAACCUGUGGUCAAUUUUUCUAGCUAAAAGUGUCAAGCAAAAGGUUUCUCUCACCCGUAGCUUCUGUAAUGCCACACUGUUUAAGUCUGAUAUAUAAUACAGUACAGUACACAAUACAGUAUGUGUUUUUUAAAUUAACAUUUAGAACAAGCAUAGUUCAACAGAACACAGUCUCAUAAUAUUAUUGCUGUCAUAAUCUAUGUAUUUACAGUAGAUAGUAAAAUGAAUAUGACUUGAUGAUUGAUGUAAUGGUAGCAGUUGGAGGCAUAAGCUUUACAUCACACGCAACAUUUGUAUGUUUUAUGUGUGUAGAUUCAAAAAGACUCCAGUUAUCUUGGCAGUACUCUAGCUAUCAGACAAAAUAUUGACACAUUUCUGUAUUGCCAUGUAGCAGAAAGUACUUUAUCAGUGUGAUACAACAAUGUAUACACACCACCACAUUUAUUUAUUUAUAAUAUAUAUGUCAUUAUCUUAAUUAUUGUAGUUAUCUUAAAAUAUUUAGUUGUUUGAAUGCAACACUUGCAUGUUUUACUUACACAUAGCUUAAUAGCAUAAGUAAUUCUAAACUCCCUUUCUGCUUCCCAAACCACCACGAACAUUAUUAGACUUAGUAUAAUUAUAUGACUCACUCACCAUAACCACCCUUCCCCUCCUCCCAAAAACUAAGAAGUUCCAUUUCUGUGUGGACAACAAAAAACAUAUUUACUCCAGAUGAGUGUUACUACGCAGACACAUUUUCCACAUCAGCUCCAAUUGUUAUAGUGGCCGUAUCAUAGCAAUGCACAAGACAAGGAACACAGUAUUUGCAAACUGAUAUUAUACCUGUGUAUUGUUCAACAAUAAAAAAUUGUUGCACAUUUAGCCAUGUAAUUUUAAAUAUUACUACCUAUACAGACUCUAUCUGUUCUCAGUUUACAAGAUGGUUUGAAAUACAUUAUAUACAAGAGAAGAGUGUCUUUUUUUUGCCCAGUUUGUGGCUGUUGGAUUAUACAGUAUAGAGGUCCAUUAUGAGGGCUCAUUGGGCUGUUUUCUUCAACAGUCCAAACCUUGAAGAAGAAAGGGAGUUCCUAACUGACUUCAGUCCAAGGGGAUUCCCUUAAACUGAAAUGAAUUAUGACAGGGAGUCCUGGAAAGAGAGUUUCCAUAGUGACCUUCACAAUAUUGACUCUUAUGUCACCGAUAGAGUGGAAUAUUAGCCUAAACAGCUGAACACAACACAAACUAUUUGAGGUUUAACCCUGAGGACGUAGUGCUGCCAGUGUCUGAAUGUUUCUGGGCGGGUCCCCCUAGACCCACUAACACCCCUCAAAAUGUAAUGGACAUGUAAAAUCUGAAAACUUUAUUUAGCUUCAUAUCAUCAUGUAUCAAGUAUUGUAUCAAGUAAAAUCAUACAAUAAAAACUUUUCUUAACACCUUGCUCAACUAAUAUUAAAUAUUUACAUGUUCUUAUGUACUAUUUGAAAUACACAAUGUCAGAGGUAAGAAUAGUACUUAUGCAGAACGACUGGGCUUUAAAUUCCAUGCUGGAAUAAUUCAAUCUAUCAUUUUCAAAUAAAUCAAAUAAAAGAAGUGAAUUUAUAA